GUGCAGAUGGACGCCGGAGGAGACACUGUUGCUCCAGCCCCAGGGGACGUGGAGGACUUGGAAGCCACGCGCUUCUCCAGGGAGGAUGCUGGAGAUGGCGGAGGGGUUCCCAAGGGCCCACCAGACCUCAGAGAUGGGGGCCUACAGGAAACAGCAUCCCAGGGCAAGGAGCAGUCACCAGGCGUGCUGCCAUCGCUGCCCCAGGCCGAGGCCCCGUCAGGCACCUGUGAACUCUGGAGCCCUACAGCCCCUGCGAGUGGCACCGCGGGCCAGGCCGGGGACCCCAGUGACGAGGACUGGCGCAGCCAGCGCAAGCACGUGUUUGUGUUGAGCGAGGCAGGCAAGCCUAUCUACUCCCGCUACGGCAGUGUGGAGGCUCUGUCGGCCACCAUGGGCGUGAUGACAGCGCUCGUGUCCUUCGUGCACAGUGCCGGUGAUGCCAUCCGCGCCAUCUAUGCCGAGGACCACAAGUUGGUGUUCCUGCAGCAGGGCCCACUGCUGCUGGUGGCCGUGUCCCGCACCCCGCAGUCGGCCGCCCAGCUGCGCGGGGAGCUGCUGGCAGUGCACGCACAGAUUGUGAGCACCCUGACCCGCGCCAGUGUGGCCCGCAUCUUCGCUCACAAGCAGAACUACGACCUCCGCCGCCUGCUGGCCGGCUCAGAGCGCACACUGGACCGGCUUCUGGACAGCGUGGAGCGGGACCCCGGGGUGCUGCUGCUGGGCGCUGUGCGCUGCGUGCCCCUGGCGCGCCCGCUGCGGGAAGCCCUGGGCGCCCUGUUACGGCGCUGUACCGCCCCCGGCCUGGCGCUCUCGGUGCUGGCGGUGGGCGGCCGGCUGAUCACCGCAGCCCAGGAACGGACGGUGCUGACCGAGUGCCGGCUGGACCCAGCCGACCUGCAACUGCUGCUUGACUGGGUGGGCGCGCCGGCCUUCGCGGCGGGCGAGGCAUGGGCGCCCGUGUGCCUGCCUCGCUUCAACCCUGAUGGUUUCUUCUAUGCCUAUGUGGCCCGCCUUGAUGCCAUGCCCGUCUGCCUGCUGCUGCUGGGCACCGACCGGGAGGCCUUCCAUGCCAUGGCCGCCUGCCGACGCAUGGUUGAAAACGGCAUGCGUACCCUUGGGGCCACCCACGAUCUUGCAGCCAUUGCUGGCCUCUCUAAUGCACCUUCGGCCAGUGCCCCUGCCUACAGUGUGCGGGCCGUCGGGGCGCCCGGCCUCCGACACUUCCUCUACAAGCCGCUAGACAUUCCGGACCACCACCGCCAGCUGCCUCAGUUUACCAGCCCCGAGCUCGAGGCCCCCUACAGCAGGGAGGAGGAACAGUACCGCCUGUCGGACCUCUACCACUGCCUGCACGCACGCCUCCACAGCACCAGCAGGCCCUUGCGCCUCAUUUACCACGUGGCUGAGAAGGAGACGCUGCUGGCCUGGGUGACUUCCAAAUUUGAACUCUAUACUUGCCUCAGCCCUUUGGUGACCAAGGCAGGCGCCAUCUUGGUGGUGACCAAGCUCCUGCGCUGGGUGAAGAAAGAGGAGGACCGGCUCUUCAUCCGUUGCCCGCCCAAAUACUCCACACCCCCAGCUGCCUCUGUGGACCAAGCUCCCCACAAUGGCGUUUUCACUGGGCUCUGA